AUGGGUCGCUGGGAAGUAAUGUGCCUUGCCCUCUGCCUGGGCGCAGUGGGGGCAGCAAAGGUAAGCAUGGGCAUCAAAAUAUUUGCUUAAGAGACCACCACCAAGCUGCUGCUAAUCAGGAAUCAGGAUCCAAAGAACCAUUCUCUUAAAUCCAUGGGAUCAGAGGGGCUUAAUUUUUUUGUGUGUGUUCUUAUAGAGUUAUACAAGUGGGUCCUACAACAAAACGUUGCAGCAUGGAGCAUUCUCUGUCUGAGACUCCCAACGAUUCCAUUCCAUUCUCCCCCACUUAGAUGGUUUUCUGUUUCUCCCUACUAUGCUUAGUCCUCAUUUGGCUGUCUUAGAGGGUUUCCACUGCCUAAGUGUCCAUUUCCUUCUGCUGGCCCCAACUAAAAAUUGUGUUUGUGUGGUUUGGCUAUAUAAGUAAUGGCACAUGAAACUCAAAUACAUUUCUUCCCUUUUUGUUGGUUUAGCUGGGCAUCGUGAACACGGAAGGAGGUUUUGUGGAAGGCGUCAAUAAAAAGUUGGGCCUUUUCGGGGAUUAUGUGGACAUCUUCAAAGGAAUCCCUUUUGCUGCACCUACCAAGACUCUUGAAGACCCCCAGCCUCACCCAGGCUGGCCAGGUAAAGAGGGAGCCGGGGGGGGGGCGAUGUCUGCACUUUCUUUUUAAACUUUUUUUUAAUGUAUUUUAUUUUUUACAAUGUCCGCACUUUUAACUACCAACAAUGCCCCUAUGAACAUUCCAAAUGCUGAAAAUGGUUUCUGCAUUGUUAUAUUAGGAAUCCUCACAAGAACCAUGUGAGGUGCCCCCGUGUUGUUACUUCCAUAAUUACAGUGGGGUGGGGCUCAGAUUGAGAAAACAGCAACUGGAGCUGCCAUGCAGAAGUUCACCUGUUCAAUCUCCUGUGACAUAUACAGGUACGGCUGGGAGAGACUCCUUGCCUGAAACCCUGGAGGGUUGCUGCCAGUUGGUGUAGACAGCACCGAGCAAAAUGAACCAAUGACUUGAAGCAAUGCAAGGGAGAGUCCAAUGUUCCUAAACUCCUUUUUACCCUGAGCUUAACCAUAUGGCCUAGCUGGAGUGACUCCCCUAUGAGGAAAGGGUUAGAUCUUGAUAAAAGGCACAAUGCAGGAGGACAUGGGUCACCGAUUUGACCUCUAUAAAAUAAUUCAAAACACACUUAUAUGUGUGCGCUUCACUCUUGCCACAUUCAGGGCCUGAGUUAAUUUUUUCAGAGAGACCUGUCCCGUUGUCUUCCAAGCUUAAGUUGUCACUACCCAAAGUUGCUACUAAAAAGUUGCUAAAAAACUCCAUACAAUUUUGAGAUCUCGUUUGGUCCUGGAAACAGAUUCGGCUCAGUUAAUUGAGGUGAUAUAACAAUCUCCGGCUUAAUAAUGACUUUUAGACCAGAGGAUAAACAAUAUAAUUGCAACUUGUGCUGGUUUCAAGGGUUCUGUCCAUGCACAAAAACCACAUGUACCCAAACCUUUGGAGCCAAAGAGAACUUUCUGGCCUCCUGGAGCAGGUGCACUGAGCAGGCAUCUCUCACAAGCAAGGCAGAGAGCUUAAAGCCUCUUUUUCAUGCUGAGUCUGCUUGGGUUAUCCAGCUUAAAAAGAGCUUUCUAAGCUCUGCUUUGCUUGUGGGGAGGUGGGCAAGGCCCAUUAGUUGCACCAACUCUGGAACUCUUGCAUGAGAUUUUGCGGGAACUUGGGUGGCCCUACAAGAUCUCAUGGAAGCCUCCCAGAGCUAGGAACUGGGCAGGCCUUGCCCCCACAAGCAAAGAGGAGAACUUGAAAAUCCAUUCAUGCGAGUUAAAUGUGUGUAUGAUACUGUCAUACUGAACUCGCCUAGAAAAGCUUCACUUCUUUGGCAUUUCUGCCAUGCAUGUUGUUAAGUUCUUAUUACUUAAGAGCAACCACAUUAACAGGCUGCUCAAAGUGAUAAUUGCCAGGGUGUCAAACACUACAUGCCUUUUGUAUUUACCUCUCUGUGUUAAUCCCCCACUUUUGUUUUGAUAUUUCUUUUGCUGUAUUGUGAUUUUGUGUUUUUGUGUGUGUGUGUAGCUCAACCAGAACUAUUUGAAAAUAUAAAACAAAACAAGCUUCCCUCUGGAUGCCAGGCUGACAGUCCUGUACGUGUGUUCAUCAAUUUCUCUCUCAGGCACCCUGCAGGCCAAGGAGUAUAAGAAUCGUUGCAUGCAGUCCACACUCACCCAGACAGAUGUGCGUGGCACCCAAGAUUGUCUUUAUCUCAACAUCUGGGUCCCCCAAGGGAAAAAAGAAGGUCAGUGUCCUUCAAAAAGGAUAUUGUCGAGUUGGAAAAGGUUCAGAAAAGAGCAGCCAGAAUGAUCAAACGACUCCCCUAUGAGGAAAAGGUUGUAGCAUUUGGGGCUUUUAAGUUUAGGAAAGGUGAGUGAGAAGUGACACGAUAGAUGUUUAUAAAAUUAUACCUGGCAUGGAGAAAGUGGACACCCCACCCCCCCAAUCUUCUCUUGUAACACUAGAAUUCAUGGGCAUCCAAUGAAGCUGAAUGCUGGAAAAUUCAGGGCAGAGAAAAGUCCUUCUUCACACAGCACAUCGUUAAACUAUGGAACUCACUCCCACAAGAGGUAGUGAUGAUGGCCACCAACCUAGAUGGCUUUCGACAAAUGCAAAGACAAACGCAAAGAGGAGAAGGCUGUUCAUGGCUACUAGCCGUGGUGGCUACGCUCUCUUUCCAUGGUUGGAGGCAGCAAUGAUUCUGAAUACCAGUUGCUGGAAACCACGGGAGAGGAGGGGGCUCUUGGGCUCAGGUCCUGCUUGCUGGUUUCCCAUUUGCUUGCUGGCCACGGUGAGAACAGGAUGCUGGACUAGGUGGGCCACUGGUCUGAUCCAGCAGGGCUCUUCCGAUGUCCUUUGGCUGAUAGCUGAGGCAGAGCAUGGGGUCUUGCGCAGAUGUUUCCCUCACUCUGCAGUGGCAUGUGUUAAUUUGUGGGACGGAGAGCUAUCGUUUUUGACUUUCAUUGCACUAGGUGACAACAACAGCUUGCAUGAGAGCUGGUGUGGGUGGGUGUCAUGUGAUUUCUUGCCAUGCCAAAAUCAAUAUGCAACUGCUAGUUGCAAAUGGGAUCCGUUCCGGAGGCCCGUUCACAACAUGAAAAGAGUGCAACCCGCAGUGGCGCGUCUGCACAUGUGCGUGACGCUAUUUUGCGCUUCUGCGCAUGCAAGAGUGGCGAAACCCGGAAAUAACCCUUUCCAGUACUUCUGGGUCGCCGCUGGACGUAACCUGAAAGAACAUAACAUGAAGCAGACCUAACAUGAGGUAACAUGAGGUAUGACUGUAUCAUUCCCCACUCUCCACUUAUCCAGAGGAGGAGUUGCAUCUUUGGGAAUCCUCAUAGAGGCAUUGUAUCCUUUAAACUGGGGUGGGAGGGGGACCUCAGCCUUCCAGCCCCCUCCCUUCCUCUGGCCAUGGGGAAACUCUGCAGUUACAUCCCUCACCAACCCUGCCUUGCACCCUCUCAUAAUGCCUCUUGCUUUCCUGGUUAGGGAACAGAGAACAGUGUGUGAGCGUAUUCAGAAACUAGUCCUGCCAUACGAAAGGUAAAAUUUACAUUGGUUGCUUUGUCCACUUUUGCCUUUAGCCCCGCCCACCACUGGCAUGUGGCUCCCAGGAGGUUACCCAGAAAAGAAUGUGGCCCUUGGGCUAAAAAAAACUGCUCCGGCACUCCUGCUUUAAAUGUUGUUGCCCCCAUCAGUCAUCAAUGGAUAUUUAGGCAGAGAUCUUUGAGUUCUGGCUUCCUGCUGGCUCACGCCUCUGCUUCUUCAUCCCUUCCCCUUUCUGCUUCAGUCUCCACCAACUUGCCGGUGAUGGUCUGGAUAUAUGGGGGAGCCUUUCUCUGGGGUGGCGGCCAGGGACCCAACUUCCUGAGCAACUACCUCUACGAUGGGGAGGAGAUUGCCACCCGCGGAAAGGUCAUUGUGGUGACGCUCAACUACCGCCUUGGACCCCUGGGUUUCCUCAGCACAGGAGAUGCUAACCUUCCAGGUAAGACCCUUCUUUGGGGGGAUAUUUCUCCCCCCCCCCAGCUACAGUCAUUUUGCAUAAGUUAAAGUUUGUUUUGCCAUUUCCCUCCAACUUUUGCAUUGGGGGCUUGGGAACCUGUGACUCUUCGUAUGCUGCUGAACUGCAGCUCCAUCAUUCCUUUGAUCGCUGGCCAUGCUGGCUGAGGCUGAUGGGAGUUGGAGUCUAGCAACAUCUGGAGUGCCAUCCCUGAUCUAAGAAGAGGGAUUCUUUAAUAAGGGAAUGCCUUUUUCAGAGGCAUCAUUCCAUGUCUCGCAUGCGGCAGGAAAUGUUCCUCCUUAAUUCAGGGAAGGGGGAUCUGUAGCCUUCCAGAUGUUGCUGGAAUACAGCUCCCAUCAUCCCUGACUGGUGGCCUUGCUGGCUGAGGCUGAUGGGAGUUGAAGUCCAAAAACAUUUGGAGGGCUGCUGGUUUCCCAUCCCUGAUCUACACCUACAUGUGUAUAUGUACCUGACAACUGAAAAUCUCACACAAUACAUCUAAUCUAUAAAAUCUUAUGGUGUUUUUUUAAUGCUAAAGGUUCUUUGAGUUGCUUUUCCUGGUCUGGCCUCACAGUGGUCUGGCUCAGAAAAGCCCAGCUGCGUAUUUAUUUAACUGAAAUAUUUAUGUCCCACUUUUCUGCUUGACAACAGGCCUGCAGGGGGUGUAUGUGUGUAUGACUCCAGCUCUUUUCUUUCAGGUAACUAUGGCCUCAAAGACCAGCACAUGGCCAUUGCCUGGGUCAAGAGAAACAUAAAGAACUUUGGAGGGGACCCCGACAACAUCACAAUCUUUGGAGAGUCUGCUGGGGCCGUCAGUGUCUCCUUACAGGUGUGGGGCCCUUUCUUUCUAUUUCUUUUUGUUAAGGGUUUAAUUUAAUUUAAAUUAAAAUUUUCCUCGGUGUGGGGCUCUUGAUUGGUUCAGGAGUUGAGUCACAAUGUGUGGUUUUGUUAUUGUGGGGAAAGAGCUACUGGAAGAAUGAGUGGCAGUCAGGGAGUGGGAUGGAAUGCUGGGAGGCGCAAGGGACAGGGGGAGGGUCUGCUGGGAAACGGCAGCUUGGGGAAGGGCUGUAAUAGCUCAGCGGUAUAGAGCAUCCCUUUAUUCAGAACUUUGAGGACUAGAAUCCUAUUAUAUUUUUAGCAGAAAGGGCCAAAGCUCAGUGGUGUGGAGCACAUACUUUGCAUUCAGAAUGCCCCAGGUUCAACAACUUCGCCAAAACCAGCUCAACAACUUUUGUGUCCAGAUUUUCAUUUUUUGAAAUAUGGCAACCCUAGAUGGCAGCUUCCUAUUCUCCUAAAUAAAAUAAGGACUAGAAACUUGAUUCCCCGCCCCAAAGAGAAGCUGAAAUUUUCUGAAUGCUGACCUCUUACCAAGUACAGUGGUACCUCGGGUUAAGUACUUAAUUCAUUCUGGAGGUCCGUUCUUAACCUGAAACUGUUCUUAACCUGAAGCACCACUUUAGCUAAUGGGGCCUCCUGCUGCCGCCGCCGCGCAGCUGCUGCACGAUUUGUGUUCUCAUCCUGAAGCAAAACCCGAGGUAUCAUUUCUGGGUUAGCAGAGUCUAUAACCUGAAGCGUCUGUAACCUGAAGCGUAUGUAACCUGAGGUACCACUGUACUACCUUCUGAGCUUUAUUUUUUUUUUGUCUUGGAUAUCAAGUCCUCCUUCUGCCGAGCAUCACAACAGACCAGUUGUCUGACUCAGGAUAAAGCAGCUUCCUAUGAUCUCCUAUGACUGUCUUCUGUCCCUUCUCCUGCUCUGUAGAUGCUGUCGCCCUACAACAAAGGAUUGAUCAAGCGGGCUAUCAGCCAGAGUGGAGUCGGCCUCUGCUCUUGGGCCAUCCAGAAGAACCCCCUCUACUGGGCUACCAAGGUAAUGCAGUGUCAAAUUGGAGAGUUUUCUCUCUUUUUUCAAAAUGAUUUUUUUAAAAAAAUAAAAUCGGAGUCCACGUAACACGACAAUAACAAAACAAGAAAUUAUCAUGCAUUGAAUUCUGAAAAAAUUAUAGAUAAAAUGGAGUGCUUUUUAUAAUGGUGAGAACUGAUAACAAAGCAGAGACAAGUGUACAAAACAACUAUGCCAGGGGAACAAAAAUCCUUGGGAACCAUAUCUCCCCAUAAUGGGCAUUGUGAACCUGGAGGGAGAUGUUCGCUCUCCUAACAUAAGAUGAACUCAAUGAAAAGGUACCAGGUGACUGAGAAAUAAUAUUUAGAUUUAACACAUCUGGCCUGCUUGUUGUGCUCUUGUUCUUUUCUCAGACAGUGCCUGAUUCCAUACUUUACUUCCCCAGGCUUGGAUGGUAAAAGGGGACCGAUGCCUCCAGUGUUGUGCUAUCUUCAGUUGGGCAGGAGUCACUAACAGAACAGUUAAACCUUUGCACAGCACUUUUUACAUGUUGUAUGGAAGAAUUAUGGAUUUUGAAGGGAUAGGCUGUGUUCCUUGGCUUGUGAGGUACAGCGGUACCUCUGGUUGCAAAUGGGAUCCGUUCCGGAGCCCCGUUCACAACCUGAAGAGAAUGAAACCCACGUCUGCAUGUCUGCACAUGCGCAGGUCACAAUUCGCCACUUCUGCGCAUUCACGUGGCGUCAUUUUGUGUGUCUGCGCAUGCCUGAGCAGUGAAACCCGGAAGUAACCCUUUCCAGUACUUCCGGGUCACCAUGGGAUGCAACCUGAAAACAUGCAACCUGAAGCAAACGUAACAUGAGGUAUGACUGUACAUGGUUUUCGGAAAAUGCCCAUUGUGAAGUGGUCUCGUUUGAACGUGAACUUACCUGAAUUUCUCCUCUGACUCUUCUUGCAGGUAGCUCAGAAAGUCGGCUGCCCAACAGACAACACCACAAAGCUAGCAAACUGCCUCAAGGUCACCGACCCCAAGUCCCUGACACUUGCUUACCACCUAGAGGUGCUUAAUCUGCGCUGUAAGUUGGACUUCAAGCGGUGAGGUGGGGCUGGGAAUGGGUGCCUCUGUAAACUGUGAGGAGCAACAGUCUCUCCAGAGACUUCGGAAAGCUAAACAGAAGUGUCUUUUUAAAAUGAAUGCUAUUUAUUUAUUUUGUAAAAUCUUUAUAUAUCGCAAAACUUUUAAAGCAGUUUAUGAAAAGAAUAAAUAUAUGAAAUUAUGUUUAAAAAAUAAACCCUCUUGAAAGCAACAGUUAAAAGCCUUCAGCAAAUAAUUAAAACUAAUGAUAACCUAAAAACCAGAUUAAGAAAUAUUCCAACAUUCUACGUGUCUGUGGAUAGGUUUGUCAAAGCAAAAAUGUUUUUGGCAGGUGCUGGAAAGGGUACAGCGAAGGCGCCAGCCUGUUUUCAAUGGGCAGGGAGUUCCAUAGUGUGGUCCCCCCCCCCCCCAUGUUUUAACAUUGAUUUUUGAAAAAUAUGGAAUGAACGUUAUGUGGCGCCUGUGACAAGGCCAGUACUGCGCCACACACACAAAAAACGCACAGAUAGCACAUAGGAUUUGAAAAGUGGAGAGGAUCUGGGAGUUCACCGAGCAUGCUGAACAUAGGAAUUACUAUUAAAUAAGAAAAGGAAGAAGGUGAGCGCUAUAGGCAGAGUAUUAAUUCCCAUCCCAAAGUGUAAGAUUUGCUCUUACAACAAGGUCCCUUGGAGGAAUUCACAGUGGCCAACUUAGAUGCCAUUUCUAGGAAGCCCACAAGCAGGAUCUGAGCAUAACAGCUCUCUCCCAACUCGUGAUUCCCUCAACGGGUAUUCUGAUAGUUAUAUACAGUUAACUUGUAUAUAUUUAACUUGUGCACAUCUGGCUUCAUGUGCUUGGCCUUAUUUGUUUAUUUUUAAUUAACAGGUGGUGGAAAGUGAGGGUGGGGGUCCAGGAGAAAUAACCUUGGCAAUCCCACCCGCCGUUAAACCCAAUGUAUUUUGACUAUACUCUGUUUUGACUUCAGGCAUGAUCCCUGGAACCCCAGUCACCUAUAUAUAUGUACUAUUUACCACCAUAGCCAUAUCACAAGGACUAGAAAUUUGCAGUUCAGUAGCUUUGCUGUAAUAUAGCAUAUGACAUCCCUCCUGCAGGACACAGGACAUCCCUUUCCUAAACAGUCCAAUUGGUUCUCUCCUCCCCCUGCAGAUCCUCUCGUCCAUUACCUUGCCUUCUCCCCAGUGGUUGAUGGAGAUUUCCUCCCAGAUAACCCAGAAAAUCUCUUUGCCAAUGCCGCUGACAUUGACUACAUCGCAGGGGUGAACAACAUGGAUGGGCACUUCUUUGCUUCAAUUGACAUGCCUGCUCUCAACCGCCCGCUAGUGAAGAUCACAGCGUAAGGGGUGGGGUGGGGGAGCAAAGCCUGAUUAUAUGUAGGUGGGGGAGAGGACAGCUUUGUCCUGUGGCAUAAGACAGAGAUGGGGAACACCCUUGCUCCUAAUUUCCUAAUUUAUAUCACUGAAUUCAAAAAAUGGGCGGUCAUAUCCAGUAUGUAGGUAAAACUACUGAUACACACAUGUUUUAGAAACCACAAAUUGGUGAUUUUGACCAAAAAGAGUGAAUCAACUUAUUGCUGAACCCUUUAAUGCUGAAAACUGCAACCUAUUGGACAGGUUUUAUGUUGGAAUAGAUCCAACAUUAGCAAAAAGGGAGAACUUUUGGAUGGGCACACAAACCCCUGGACGGUUGUGCCAGCCAUUGCUCAGCUUCAGCAGAUGAAGCCCCCCUGUGCAUUCCACCCUCAAAACUCUAGGACUGCCACCUUGGAAGCUGCUCUCAACAGUUCUGAGAACAGUUGAUGAAGGUGGAAGCUCAAACAUCUUGCUAUAAGAAUUUGAAAAUUUCUGUUUUGCUAGUCACUGUAAUUAAUAGAUAAAAGGUUUAACUGCAUCCUACCAGGAUCCAGAACAAACUUGCCUGACGUGUGCUGUUUGAUGCUUUUGUUCCUCUCUGCAGGGAUGACAUGUACCGUGUGGCUCAGGGCCUGACUGUGGAGAAGGGGGUGGAAGGCGCCAAUGAAACCUUCUCCCUCUAUACCCAGGUGUGGACUGACCACACAAACCAGGAAGUCAUGAAAAGAUCUGUGAUAGACCUGGAGACAGACUACAUAUUUCUGGUGCCUACCCAGCAGACACUUAGUCUCCAUUACCAAAAUGCCAAGUGAGUGUUUCUGGAGGGUGGAAUGAGUUGGUAGCUAGGGUUUCAGAGAGAGAGAGACUUGCUGGUCAGUCAUUAUCUCCGCUUACCGUGGUACCUUGCUAUACGAACUUAAUCCAUUCCGGAAGUCCAUUCUUAAAUCAAAGCGUUCUUAAACCAAGGCAUGCUUUCCCAUAGCAGCGGGGGACUCAAUUUACAAAUGGAACACAUUCAACAGGAAGCGAAACAUGUUCUUAUUCCAAGGCAAAGUUCACAAACCAAAACACCUACUUCCAGGUUUGCAGCGUUCUUAAUCCAAGUUUUCAUAAAUUAAGCUGUUCUUAAGCCAAGGUACCACUGUAUUUCCAUUCUGUGUCCUCCUUUUUAGGGGGGGUUCUACUGCACUUGCAAGGAAUUGAUCCUUUAGUGUGGCAGCACCUACUCACUGGAACUCCCUGCCUAUUGAUAUUAGGCAGACCCAUUCACAGUACGGUUUUCAAUGCCUGCUCAAAACUUUUUUGUUUAGGCAGACAUGUAAUUUUAAUACAUAUAUUUUUACCUAUAUCUGGAUUAACAUGUUCUUAUGUCAGCUUGUUUCUUUAGCUCAGUUGGUUAGAACAUGGUUCUGAUAACACCAAGCUUGCAGGUUCGAUCCCUGUAUGGCACAGCUGCAUAUUCCUGCAUUGCAGGGAGUUGGACUAGAUGACCCUCAAGGCCCCUUCCAACUCUACAGUGCUAUGAUCAGUAUUUAUUUAUUAUACAGUGGUGCCUUGCAAGACGAAAUUAAUCCGUUCCGCAAGACUCUUCGUCUUGCGGUUUUUUCGUCUUGCGGAGCACGGCUAUUAGCGGCUUAGCGGCUAUUAGCGGCUUACCGGCUUAGCGGCUAUUAACGGCUUAGCGGCUUUAAGAAAAAGGAAACAAACUCGCAAGAACUCGCAAGACGUUUUGUCUUGCGAAGCAAGCCCAUAGGGAAAUUCGUCUUGCGGAACGACUCAAAAAACGGAAAACUCUUUCGUCUUGCGCGGUUUUCGUCUUGCGAGGCAUUCAUCUUGCGGGGCACCACUGUAUUUAUUUGUUGCUUUUCCUCCCACUAAAGUGCCUCAAACCAACUUACACUGUAGAAACAAAGUUUUGUUUUCUGAAGAAUAUUUUACAUUGCUUUAUGUAAACCGCUUUUUCUGGGUGGCAUAACAACUUCGGUUUUCUGAAAGGCAGACUUCCUCUUCAUUUCCCGGAAAGGGUAUUAAGAUCAACAAAUGAAACCCUCCACCCGCAUUGUUCAGCCUGGACACUGAGGUCCAGCUCCAAGAGUCUUCUGGCAGUUCCUUCACUGCGAAAAUUGAAGUGACAGGGAACCAGGCGGAGGGCCUUAUCAGCAAUGGCUCCCAUCCCAUGGAACACUCUCCUGGCAGAUGUCAAAGAGUUAAAACAGCUGUAUAACUUUUCAUAGACAUAUGAAGGCAGCCCUGUUUCAGGAAGCUUUUUCCUCCUUUCCCUCUGUGUUUUUGUUGGAAGCCGCCCAGAGUGGCUGGGGCAACUCAGUGAGAUGGUUGCAGCAUAAGAAAUAAAAUAAUAACAUUAGUUUUUCAAGGCCCAAUUAUUAAUAGCUUGUGGUAAGGCAGAGAUGACCUUUUCCUCUGGUGGCACUAGUGUUAUGGACCGCUGUCCCUGCUGAUGUACAAGAUGAUGUACCAUCUGCACCGGUGUUCUGCCAUCUUUUAAAGAUGUACCUCUUUGCAUUCCCCUUAAUUUCUUGACCCCAAAUCUCCUGUUUUAAUUGCUAUGCUGUUUAAACAUGUUAACCACAAGUGUUGAUAUUUUAAUGUUUUUAAUGGGGCUAUUUUAUUGUGUAUUUUAAUUUUGACGUCCAUUAAGCAACAUGAAUAUUAAGGGUGUCAGUCCUCCUAAUGAGUAGACCUGUUUUAAUUAAUGGACAUAAGUUAGUCAUGGAUAUUAAUUUCAGUGGGUUAAUCCUGAGCAGAAUUAACAUUGACUACAAAACCGAAGAAGAUUGUGUUGGAUACUAGUCCUACUUGGAGGAGACCCACUUAAAGUAAUGGGCAAGACUUAUUAUUUAUAUUAUAUUUAUUUAUAUCCUGCCUUUUAUCCAGACUGGGACUCAAGGCAGCUUACACAAAUAAAAACAAGACAGAUAAAAUAUAGAAAGCUAAAAUAAUAUAAAAUAUGUCCAGUAAGAAUGUUGGGAGAGGAGUUUGAGUCCCAGUGAAUUUUGCUGUUUCUUUCCUUACUCACCAUGCCUUUCUCUCUCUCUCUCUCUCUACCCCCUCAUUUUAGGAGUGCCAAGACUUACAGCUACCUGUUCUCCCAGGAUUCGCGGAUGCCUGUCUAUCCCAGCUGGGUUGGUGCAGACCAUGCUGAUGACCUUCAGUAUGUCUUUGGGAAACCUUUUGCCACUCCUUUGGGCUACAGAGCUCAGCACAGAAAGGUUUCUAAGGACAUGAUAGCUUACUGGACAAACUUUGCCAGAACAGGGUAAGGCCUGCUCGACUUUGUUGCCAAUGUCCUUCUCCCAAACCCCUAAACACGAGACGUAGUCCUGUCCAGCUUUUAAAACCACCUGAAAAUUGCUGAGGUCAGACCACUCUAUGCAACUGACCUCAUUGCUGAGCGGUUUCUAUCUUCAACCCAAAUAUCUCCUCCUGUAACAAGCCCAUUUAAACUGGUUCUAUCCUCAGGUGGCAGAAAAAAGAACAGUCUUCCUCUCAAUAACAGAUGAUGGGGAGCAACUGGAAAGGGGCUGCUUGUAGGCUUCCCAUUGAGACACCUGUAAUGGACACAGUGAAAGCAGGAUGCUGGGCCCUUUUUGCUCUGAUCCAGCAGUCAGGCUCUUGGGUUCUUAGUGGUAUCAUGUCCCAUGUCUCCUUUUAUCCAGGCUGAACAGACCUAGUCCCUUCAGCCUUCUCUGCAUAAGGACUAUUUCCCAUACUUCUGACACCUUUGCCCCUGUUUGUCUGAAUCAAGGAUAGUCAAUAUGGUGCCCCCAAGAUACCGCUCCCAUCCUCCCUCACCACUGGCCAACCAUGGCCAGGGCUGAUGGAAGUUGUAGUUCAACAACUACACCAUGUUGGCUGCCUCUGUUCUAAAUUUGGAACACAGGAAGCUGCCUUAUACCAUUAUCAUAGUUUUGGGCCAUUUAGUUCAGUAUUGUCUAUAUACUAUCAGCAGACAUGCCAUUGAGGUUUGAACCAGGAACCUUCUGCAUGCAAGACUCUACCGCUGAGAUACAGCCCUCCUUGCCUCAUCUUAUGAGAUGCUUAGCGACUUAUAUUACUUAAGCUGGUACUGUGCCAGUCACAAACCUUCCACUGAGUGUGUGCUUGUAUUCUUCACCCUUUCCUAGUGACCCCAACAAAGGGGAAUCGGAAGUCCCCAUUGGGUGGGUGCCUUAUGAUACUCAGCACGGCUACUACCUGGAGAUCAACAAGGACAUCAACUACGAGUCAGCGAAGCAAGGCCUGAGAGCUCCUUUCGUGAAUUUCUGGACUGUCGCCUACAGGAGCCUGCCAGACGCACCCGUCACCUUGGAUGAGAAGUAG